UGGAUGCGGACGCGUCGCGCGCUCUCUUCACCAUCGCGGACCUGCUGCAGUCAGACUCAGCAGCACACGUGGAGGCGCGCUAAAGUCAUCUCCUUCACGAAUCUUCCAGCAAACCAUGGCGUAACGGGAGAGACAUGAGUAUCCACACAGAGGACAGCAUUAGCCUGUGCAAAAAGGCUCUCCAGAUUGUCACGGAGCUCUGUCUCGGGGGGCACGUAGACCGGGAGAAAUGCGCGGACAUCUUUCCUCUGGAGAGCACCAUACCAGACAUCUCUGUCAGUCUCCUUGCUGUGGUCGUCGGUUUCUGUGGCCUUGCCCUGUUGGUAGUCUCUUUGUUUGUCUUUUGGAAGCUGUGCUGGCCGAUCUGGAGGAGCAAAGCUCUCUCAUCUCACGCCAGUAACGCUCCGCAGGGCACCUCACCCCCCGUACCCCCAGAGGCACCCCCACCUGAGGAGAAGAAGGUGCCUGAUGUGGAGGUGAAAGCCAACGGGAAGAGUUCGGUCAAGCUCCUGGAGGCUGCCAUGAAGAUCAGCCAGACCUCUCCUGACAUUCCAGCUGAGGUCCAGACCGCCCUGAAGGAGAGACUGGUCAAACAUGCCAAGGUCCAGAGGCAGACCACCGAGCCCACUUCCUCCUCCAGGCACAACUCAUUCCGGCGCCACCUGCCACGGCAGAUGCACGUGUCCAGUGUGGACUUCAGUAUGGACAGCCUGCCAGUCAGGCAGCUGUCCAAUAACAUUGGUAGGAUUAAGCCAGAGCUCUACAAACAGAAGUCGGUGGACUCAGAGGAAGAAGGCAAGGAGGCGGCAGAGACCUGUGGCAAGCUGAGCUUCUCGCUACGCUACGACUACGAGGAGAGCUGCCUGGUGGUACGCAUUCUCAAAGCCCUGGACCUACCGGCCAAAGACUUCACGGGCACCUCAGACCCCUACGUGAAGAUCUACCUGCUGCCCGAGAGGAAGAAAAAAUUCCAAACGCGCGUCCACCGCAAGACGCUCAACCCAGUCUUCGACGAGUCCUUCCAGUUCCCCGUGGAGUAUGACCAGCUGUGCAACCGCAAGCUGCAUUUCAGUGUUUACGACUUUGACCGCUUCACCAGCCAUGACAUGAUCGGUGAGGUGAUCGUGGACAACCUCUUUGAGCUCUCUGACCUUUCUCGGGAGGCCAUCGUGUGGAAAGACAUCCACUGCGCCACAACAGAGAGCGUGGACCUGGGGGAGAUCAUGUACUCCCUGUGCUACCUGCCCACUGCUGGGAGAAUGACACUCACCGUCAUCAAGUGCCGCAACCUCAAAGCUAUGGACAUCACUGGUUCCUCAGACCCAUACGUGAAGGUGUCCCUGUUGUGCGAAGGUCGGAGGCUGAAGAAGCGGAAGACGACCACGAAGAAGAGCACGCUGAACCCCGUGUACAACGAGGCCAUCAUCUUCGACAUCCCACCUGAGAACGUGGAGCAGGUCAGCCUGUCCAUCAUGGUGAUGGAUUACGACCGAGUUGGUCACAAUGAGGUGAUUGGCGUGUGCCGGACUGGACCCGAUGCGGAGGGCCUCGGGCGGGACCACUGGAAUGAAAUGCUGGCCUACCCACGCAAACCCAUCACACACUGGCAUGCCCUCGGAGAGUGGCCAGGAAGAGCAACAAGUUUUGACAGUCAAGGGUCCUGCCCAUCUCCUAAACCCCCAUUGACACCAUAGAGCUCUCAAAGGACAACCUGAACCAGGAAUCAAACCACUUCUCCUAAAAGAUAACUCCUGCAUUCUCUUGUCAUUAGACAUGCUGUUUACUUCCAUUUAUGAUUACUGAAAUUGAAUUGAAUGGGUGGAUUACACCAGUAACUCAGCAGUAUUCAGAUUGCCACCUUUCAUCUUAAUCCUACAAUUUCACCACACCCGAAAACUGGAAAAGGUUGGACUUUUUAAACUGACAGAAAGGCCACUUGACUCUUGCCAGUAGGGAUAUAGUUCAGUUUUUUGUUUUUUUUCUGUGACAUUAUUUUUAU